UUUUAUUGUUCUGUGGUAGUGCUGGGCUGUAUAUCUGUUCACACCGAAUACCGGUGUAUAUUCCCGUUAUGAUGUGUUUUUUUAAUAUACCGCCAUACCGGUGUACAGUAUUUUAUUACAACCGCAAGGAACUCUGAACCGCGCGUCACCGUUCCAGGCAGGAUCCUUUUCAGUGUUACUCUCAUUAAAACGCAUGGUGAGACUGCGAGGUGGAGGAGUGGAUGUAAACAAAACACUUUACAGUGAAAAUGGAUAUGAAAGACAUUGAAUUUUCUGAAAUUGAAAUUUCAGAAAUAGUAGAAAAUGAUGACACGGAAGAACUUGUGCCAAAGAGAGGAGCCAUGUCUCUUGUGUGGAGGUAUUUUGGUUUCAAAAAAGCAGACAUAGACCAAACAACAAUUUUGUGCAAGAUUUGCCUUGCUAAAGUCGCCGCCGGAGGGGGCAACACGAGCAAUUUGCUCCACCACCUGAGCCGCAAGCAUGUCUCGGAAUAUGAAGAAUGUAUGAAGUUAAGGUCGGCGGCAGCACCCUCCACAUCAUCAUCAUCAUCAGCAGCAGCAGCAGCAGGAGCAGCAGGUAGCCCGAAAACACCCCAAGACGCGUUUUCGAGAGCGGCUCCCUACGACAGAAAAAGCAAACGGUGGAUCGACAUUACAAACGCUAUCGCUUGCCACCUUGCAAAAGACAUGGUCCCGCUUAAUGCCGUCGAAAAAGAAGGCUUCAAGCAGAUCAUCAAGACGCUCGAUCCCAGGUAUGAAGUACCGAGCAGAAAGUACUUUAGCCAUGUAGCGAUGCCCAACUUGUACCACAAGCACAGAGCUAAGCUGGAAACAGAACUGGCGACCGUCCGCAACUUCGCAGUAACGACUGAUAUGUGGUUUAGUCGCACUAUGGAGCCCUACUUUAGCAUGACGGUUCACUUUAUAAGUGACGAAUGGGUGUUGCGAAGUCAUUGCCUGCAAACGAGCUACUUUCCUGAGGACCACACUGGGGAGUUACUUGCAGCAGGCCUGCAGGAGGCACUUGAUUCCUGGGGGCUUUCAGAGAAGAAGCUCGUGGCCAUCACCACUGACAACGGAGCCAACAUUAAGAAGGCUGUGGAACUGAACAAUUGGACAGGACUCCAGUGCUUUGGUCACAGGCUUCACCUAGCCAUAGAGAGCGGUGUGAAAGACGACCGCGUACAACGCGCUAUAGAUGUGUGCAAAAAAAUUGUGUCGGCCUUUUCGUACUCGAGUAAGAAAAGGAGGGACCUGGCCAUUGUUCAAAACUAUCUGGGUCUUCCAAACCACGGUCUCACAACAGAGACGCCAACCAGGUGGGUCUCACGUCAAAUGAUGAUUCAAAGAGUGCUCGAGCAAGAGAGGGCCAUUAGUCACGUUCUAAAAGACGACAAGAAAUCAAGGCAAUUGGUCCCUACCUGGCAAGACGUGGAAGUCCUAGAGGCUGUCAACAAGGUGUUGAGCCCACUCCAGGACUUCACAGACGCCUUGUCUGGAGAACAAUAUGUCAGCGUCUCCUACCUCAAGCCAGUGCUCAGUCUCUUCAACACGUCCAUUUUUGCUGAGGAAGAGAGCGACACUCAGCUGACGAAGGACUUGAAGAGAAACAUCCUAGGCGACUUGAUUGAGCACUAUUCCGAUCCGGUCACGCGUGACCUGCUUGAGAUUGCGUCUCUCCUCGACCCACGGUUUAGAAACAAGUAUAUAGAUGAAGAAAAGGUGGACCGAGUUUUAUCAAGAGCAGUCGAAGAGAUAGUGUCGCUAAUAAAGACUCAACAGGACACGCUCCCAGGGGCUGCUGGUGCAAAAGCAGAAGCGGAGCCCGAUUCUCCUCCUAAGGCAAAAAGAAAAAAGACUUUGGCCAGCUUUUUCAAAAGUCAGAGCGGCACAAUGUCAGAAGAGGAAAGCAUAAGAAAGGAGCUGACAGUCUACUUACAGACCACAGAGGUUGACAGUGAUGUCGACCCUUUGGAUUGGUGGAGAUGCCAUCAGACAAAUUUCCCUCGCAUUGCCAAGCUAGCGCGACAGUAUUUAUGCAUCGCCGCUACCAGUGCUCCGUCGGAGAGAGCGUUCAGCACGGAUGACAACAUCCUCCCUUGUCACAGAACCGCACUCAAACCAGAUGCUGUGGACCGUCUGGUUUUCCUGGCGCAAAAUUUGUAAAUGUUGAAGUUAGAAUUUGAAUUCAUUUGGACAUUGUGCGGCUCCUUCUGUUGUGUGUGCCUUGACCACCUGGGGACAGUAUAAUACAGAAUUACAUGGAACCGUUCAAAACUCCUCAGUAAGCUGCAGUAAAUUAGCUCUUCAUAGAGGAUAAAGACUAUAUAUCUCUUGAGUAUUGGUCUGUUGUCUAUCUAAAAGUGUUGCUCCACCGUUUGUGUUCAAAUAUCUGUUAAUACCACAGCACCCAUCCUAUUCCUUAGCCCAUUUUGCAUUGUUUGUUAGUUGUAAGCUAAACUGACUUCACUAAUGCAAAACAAUGAGGUUGUUUUAAAUACAUGUAUAAUUCUCUUUGUUUUAUGUUUUAGUUUGAUCGUAAACUUCAAUAAACAAAAAGAGUGGCUAACCUCUUUUUUUGAAGUGUACACUGUCUGCCAAACUACUGCUUGUUCUGAUGUGAGUUGAGUUCACUGUUUCCAUACAGCACUCAUAUCUCAAAUUUGCAAGUCAAAGCAAAAAAAAAACUGUUGAAUGAUGGCUCGUAUCUCAAAAAGGAUAAAGCAGAGGAUAAUGAGAGUGCUUAUAAAUGUUAUUUUUUUAUCUAGGUGUUUUGCGCCACCAUUUGUGUUCAAAUAUCCUUUGCUUAAAGCGUUAUAACACCGCAACACGCUUUGCUAUUCGUUAGCCAUUCGAUGGCAUUUCCCAAUAUGUGUUAGCAUUAAGCUAGAUGUCUUUGAGGCAGUUAUGUGGUUGUUUUAAUACUCAUCGUGUAAUUUUCUUAGUUGUAUGUUUUGUUUGACAGUAAACUUCAGUUGGGAGUGGCAUGAAACACUUUGAAGCCUUUUUGAAGAAUUGUUCAGUAUCUGCCAAACUGCUGCCUGUUGUGAAGUGAGUUAAGUUCACAGCCAAAAUACACGCCGCCUAGCUCAAGUUUUUGCUCACAUGUCAAAGCACAAAAAAUCAUCCAAACGACAGAUCAUAUCUUGAAAACUCAUAAGUCCUGUCACUUGUAUCUCAAGACACCACUGCAUUUCUAUUGCACACAGUGGUAGUUGCAGUAUCAUGCAUCACUGGCAAGAGGAGGUUUAGUUAUAUGACAAGUAAAUUGUGCAUGCAUAUGACCGAGCUUUGCUAAGGACUUUUUUUUUAAUUAUUAUUAUUUUUUUAAAUAUAUAUAUAGUGGAUUAUUUUCAUGGCCUGUGAUUGACUGAUGACCAACCCACCCCGUCACUCGCUGGAACAGGUUCUAACUCGCCUGUGACCAUAAACUGAAUAAAUGAUAGAAAAUGUA